AUGAGCUAAUGAUUAGAGGGUGUCAUAAUUCAACAUUCUAUUGUAUAUAAAUAAAUACCUUCAAAUCAUUUGAACUGGUAAAGCUACUUCUUAUUACCUCCACUGUGUAGCUUAAGCUUGUGUCAACAUAUAUUUGUAAGGACUAGGGAGGAGGAGGAGGAGAUGGAAAAGAGAGAGAGUGAAAAGAGUAGGCAUGUGUUAAUGAUCCCUUUCCCAACCCAAGGACACAUAAACCCAAUGGUCCAAUUGGGAAAACGCUUGAGCACCAAAGGAGUUAAACCCACCAUUGUCAUAACCAAAUUUAUCUCCAAAACCAUGCAUCUCCAAUCAUCAUCCUUACCAUGCUCUAUUCAUUUUGAUGCCAUAUCAGAUGGCUGUGACCAAGGUGGCUUUGCUCAAGCUGAAAGCAUAGCAGCUUAUCUAUCUCGCAUGGAAGCUAUAGGCUCCAAGAACUUGAGGGAACUCAUCCAAAAACACAACUCUUCUGAUCACCCCAUAGAUGGCAUAGUAUAUGACCCCUUUCUUGUUUGGGUAUUGGAUGUGGCCAAAGAAUUUGGGUUAUUAGGAGCUGCUCUUUUCACUCAAAUGUGUGCUGUCAAUCACAUAUAUUAUCAUGUUCAUCAUGGACUUUUAAAGCUCCCCAUUUCUUCAAUACCACUCUCUAUUCCAGGACUUCCCUUGCUUGACCUAAAAGACACACCUUCCUUUGUUCAUGAGCCUAGCUCCUAUCCAGCUUACUUUGAUUUGGUCAUGAAUCAAUUUUCUAACAUUGACAAAGCAGAUUUCGUUCUUGUCAAUUCCUUCUACAAGCUAGAGGACCAGGUGGUGGAUUCCAUGUCAAAGCUAUGUCCAUCAUUGACGAUUGGGCCAACAGUUCCAUCCUUUUACUUGGACAAGGGAGUCCCAAAUGACACAGACAAUAAUUUACAUCUUUUUCAAUUAGAAUCAUCAGCCAGUAGUGACUGGCUCAAACCAAAGCCAGCAGGGUCAGUUGUUUAUGCAUCAUUUGGCAGCCUUGUUUCCUUUAGCACAGAACAGAUGGAAGAAAUAGCAAUGGGAUUAAUGGGAAUUGGCUUCAACUUCUUGUGGGUGAUCACUGAUACAGAGAGAAAAAAGCUGACAAAAGAGUUGGUGGAGGAGAUGAGUGCAUGUGGAAGGGGUUUGAUAGUGAAUUGGAGCCCCCAAUUGGAAGUGCUAUCAAACCAUGCUAUUGGUUGCUUUCUAACACACUGUGGAUGGAAUUCAACACUUGAGGCAUUGUGCUUGGGGGUGCCUAUGGUUGCAAUGCCACAAUGGACUGACCAGCCUGUCAAUGCAAAAUUUGUUGAGGAUGUGUGGAAGGUGGGAAUCAGAGUUAAGUUAAAUGAGAAUGGAAUUGUGACAAGAGAAGAGAUUGAGCAUUGCAUAAGGAAAAUAAUGGAAAAGGACCUUGGAAGAGAAAUGAGGAUGAAUGCUAUGAAAUGGAAGGAAUUGGCUAUAGAAGCAGUAAGUGAGGGUGGCACUUCAUACAACAACAUCAAUGAAUUUGCAAAUAAGCUGAAGAGAUCCUAAGCUAAAUAUCCCUGUUGGUUACAAGUGAUAUUUGAUUGUGGAUUCCCUCAAUAAAUUACAACUGAGGGAGAGUAUUUGAAAUUGGAUUGUAUGAGAAUUUUAUUUUACUUUAAUAAGUGGUGCAUCUAUUUAGUUGAUAGCAUAGACACAUAGUGUAUGUUAAAUUAUAUACAUGUAUGUAUUUACACCCAUAGAGUCAGUUAGUGAUAUGUUGUCUUCACAUUUGAUAGACUGAAUUUGAACUUGAUUAAAGUAUGAGACCGAA